AUGCGCCGCAGAAAAAACAAGGCGUUGUCUUACGCGAUCUCCAUAAAAGGACACAAUAACAGUAGGGUUGUUUGCGCAGAGGAGAAGCCCCAGGAGACGGCGGCCAAGAUGAAACGGCCCGACCGGCCGGAUUACGUGCCAGCUUGGCCGGCCCCCGUUUUUGAUUGUCCUCGGCUUCUCCUAUUUCGGCACGGCCUCGCGCACUGUCUUCUUGUCAGUCCUUGCUAA